AUGACUGCUGAGGACAUUACACAAGGCGUUGCAAACACUUCGCUCGAAGCAUCCGUCGCCGCUGCCACCGAACAAAAGGUCACACCGUGGGAUGUCGAAGGCGCUACCGUCGAUGGUCAGCAGGUUGCCAUUGACUAUGACAAGCUUGUUAAGGACUUCGGCACUCGCAAGAUCGACCAGGAACUGCUCGCGCGCUUCGAGCGAUUGACUGGAUGGAAGCCACACCCUCUUCUGCGACGGGGCAGCUUCUUCUCACACCGAGAACUCGAUAAGAUCCUGGACCGCUACGAGCAGGGCAAGCCAUUCUUCCUUUACACAGGGCGAGGACCAAGCUCGGACUCCAUGCACCUGGGACACCUGAUCCCCUUCCUCUUCACAAAAUGGCUUCAGGAUGUCUUUGACUGCCCCUUGGUCAUCCAGCUCACGGACGACGAGAAGUUCCUCUUCAAGCCAGCGCUCAAGAUCGAACAAGUCAAGGACUUUGCCUUUAAAAACGCGCGCGACAUCAUCGCUUGUGGCUUCAAGCUCGACAAGACAUUCAUCUUUUCGAAUCUCGACUAUGUCGGCGGUGCCUUCUACGCCAACAUUGUCCGCAUCUCACGUAUGAUUACCAUCAAUCAAUCCAAAGGAACUUUCGGUUUCACGGACAGUGACAGUGUCGGCAAAGCACACUUUGUCUCGAUCCAAGCGGCACCAUCGUUCUCCAACUCGUUCCCGCAGAUCUUCGGCGAGAAGCACGACAUCCCAUGCUUGAUUCCCUGCGCUAUCGAUCAGGAUCCGUACUUCCGUCAGACGCGUGACGUUGCCUCGCGUCUCAAGUAUCCCAAACCGUGCCUGAUUCACUCCAAGUUCUUCCCCGCGUUGCAGGGCAGCCAAACCAAGAUGAGCGCCUCGAACGAGAACAGCAGCAUCUUUAUGCAUGAUACACCCAACCAGAUCAAAAACAAGAUCAACAAACACGCGUUCUCUGGUGGACAAGAGACCGCCGAAGAGCAGCGACGAUUGGGAGGUAAUCCAGACGUCGAUGUCGCUUUCCAGUACCUGACGUUUUUCCUGGACGAUGAUGCCGAGGUGGAACAGAUCGCUAAGGAUUACAGAUCCGGUGUGUUGUUGACGGGCGAAUUGAAGAAAAAGUGCAUCACGGUGCUGCAGAAGGUGGUGAGCAAUUUCCAGGAGAAGAAGGCUAAGGUGUCGGACGAUCUGAUUCGAGAAUUCAUGAACAAAGAACGUAAGAUCGACCCAACAAUGCCGGCUGCAGGCUCGACGGCAAAUGUGCAGCGGGAGCUGUCAAAGGAUACCGUGAUUGCUUCGACCAGUGCUUAA